AGACUUCUGACUCAACUCUUAAGAGUUGAGACCAUGUCCUCCCAUCGGAAUGUAAACAAACUGGUGAUUUUAAAGAAAUUCUCCGAUUUCCCACGUCAUAUCGAAGAAAUUUCGAAGGCAGAUGUAGAAUCCAACAACAAAGGAGUUCUUACAUUAUUUACCGAUGGGAAAUUAAUCCUAACGACAUGGCUGAACAAGAAAGUCUCAUCAAAGGUUGUUGAGGAUGUAUCCGAUGCUGUAUGGCAACGAGGUGGUGAGAGUGAAGUCAUAAUAAUAUGCCACAGUGGAAUGCUGCUGCGGUAUUCGCUGCAUUUUGAUACAGGUCUCUCAUGUUCAUUGCAGCUGUCUGCUCCUUCACUUCUUUCACUGAUCAGAGAAAAAGAUUCCAGUAUACGCAGUUUACGCAGCCCAAAAACUUUAGGCUACAAUACAGAUCACAUUUUGCUCCAGCUUCAGAGCGACCGAUUGGCUAUCCUUGCUACAAAUGGAGGUGGGAGGCCCACCAUGGUGGGUGUUAUACGGACCCCUCCAGUACGCACUGCACAUCUGGGUCAAGGAGGAGUGCUGGUACAACCUGUAACUGGAAAUGAUCUUUAUCAGUACUCUAUCAUGACCUGCAAGAUGACAGAGGUCAUAAACCUAGGUUUACAAAGAACAAGUUCUGAUUUGAUUGAAUGGGGAUCUCUUAUUAAUUCAUCAACUGGCGAAACUAUAUCUUUGAUUGAUUCAGAUCGUCACUUGUAUGUCACUCAUUUUAAGAACAGAAAAUUAGUGAAUAAUAAAGGUGGUGUGUGCCGAAAGAGAUUGGAGCUACGGCAGAUAAUAUGGCCUUCAAAUUUUCAACCUUCAAGAAUUGCCCAAAUUUCUUUGGCUUUGUCAGACACACUGUUGUCUGUCUUUUGCAUGAUUAAAGAUGAAAAUGCAGAAGUCCAUCACUAUUUGGCCUUUGAUGUAAACACCAAGUAUUUGAGCAGUCACCAUAUUUUUACGGAAAUAACAGUCAUAGUUCCAGGAUUACACCAUAACAUACCAGACCUUUUCAUUACUAGUGAAGGUGUUGCAGCACUCAUGGAUGAGGAUAUAUCCGUCAGUAGCAUUGAUUCUGAAGUUGACUUGGGAGAAAUGUUAAUAGCUUUGGAGGAAAGUUUGAAAGAACAAAACAUUGCAAAAGUGACUGAAGUGAAAGCUAUGGUUGAGCAAGGGUUAAAUGUGUUUCUUUCUUCAUGCAAUCACCAAGAGGGUUGGGUUGGAUUAGCAGAAAUGCGAGCCCAGCAAUAUGGCAAACUGGCUGAUUUAAUUCUUAGUUACAUUACUGAUUAUGCACAAAAUGCUGAUUCAUACUCUUUGGCAUUAGCUAUAAAGAAUAUGGCUGAACAUCAUUUCAUGAAUAUACAAGAAGAAAUGGCUAAUGUACUGCAUUAUGUUGAUAAUGAAAGCAUAUCACAGAUGGUUUUACAGAUGAAGGAGCAGGUGUCCUUUUAUCUCCGGAGUGUAGAACAGCUUCAGCUUCCUGAGGAAGGUGCAGACAAUAAGGGAUUAGCCGAACAAUACCUUGCUUGGGGUGAUAAGCCUGUGAAGGUAAUAUUGGAAGAUGCAUUAAACAAAAAGUGUGUAGAAGCUGCAGAAUCUUAUCUCCAGCUGAAACCAUGGAUUUAUGGUACAGUCACCACCGAUGAAAUCAUAGCUGCAUGUAUUGAUAUGGCUCGUGAAAAGACACCGGAUGGAUCACACAAUAUCCUAGUUAACAUGGAUGAAUGCUACAAUGAAAAACUUAAACGGAUACUAUACUCUAGUGAUGAUUUGUUUGUAUUAGAAGUUUUAGGAGAUGCAAUGAGAAAGCGAGGAAAUUUUAGCCAUGUAGAAAGUAUGGCUGUAGAGUUAGUUGCUAUCAUUCAUAAGACUCACUCUGAUUUCUUGACCCUUCCACCUCAGGUAUGGACAGAAUUAUUGCAUCAUGGAGAUGCAUCAGCUGAAAAUGUUGUUGGUCCUAUAACUGUUGGACAGGUUGCUCAGUGGACACCUCUUGCUAUGAUGCUGGUGAUGACAGACUUAUAUGUUUGCACAUCAGAUUCAACAAUCCUGGAACAUGUUGAUACUGAUGUUCGGUGGCAAUAUCUUCUUUACCAAUGUGAUGUAAAGAAUCUUAAACGAUGGGUUAUCAAGGAAUUUGGUGAUAAUGACAUGACUUUGCUGGAUAAAGAAUUCAGUUCAUGGCAGUAUGCAGAACAAAUAUGGACAGAUCCUAAUUUUAGAUCGUACAAAAAUAAAGUUAGCGAAUCUUUACCAGAGUCCAAGAAAUCAGACAAGGGCAGAGAAUUGGCUGCAUCAUCAGAACCAAAAAAUAUUGGUUUUAAUAUGCUAAUGGGGCCUCAGUAUGGAAGUGAUUUAGAGUCAUCUCCCACUUCACAGGAUAAGGUUUCUCUACAUUCUGUUUCAAUUUCUGCUUGUGAAGGUGACACAUGGAGCUUGCAAAGCUUUGAUGUUAGUGAUCGAUCUGAUAUAACAUGGUCAGAGGAUCUAUUUAGACCAAUAACACAGAGUAUGGUUGACUUGGUUGUGAUUGCAGGUAUACCCUUUGCUGAAAUGAUGCUGAAUUUUUUGGCUAAUUUUGGAAUAUUUACAACCAGUGAGAAGAAAAGUGCACAAAAAUUCAUGAGAAGAUUGUUCAUAUCAGGGGCAUUCGAAAAGCUGUCAUUUAUGAAUGGGAAUCACCAAUGUCAGAUGUCACAGGAUGAAGUUCAUAAAAUUAUUCUUGGAUAUUUAGGGAAUAACAACCUCUUACUUCCCGUAUAUGAUUACAUAAAAAAAUUUUCUUUGCAAGAAAACAUUACUAUGAAUCCGGAGAGCUUCUGGGAACCUUCUUGGACUGAGGUGAUUCCAGCUUUCAUGAAGCUUGGUGAAGAAAAAUCUAAAGAAGUCAUAUAUGAUUUGAGUUUGAAGAAUCUUUCCCUUCUCAGUGAUUCAUGUCAGAAGCCCUCAGAGAUAGAAUUUCCUGCAUUCCUUACAAUGCUAUUUGCACCAUCAAAAUCUCUGGGAGAUUUUUUAGAGUGUGGAGAAAAAGGAGUUGAUUCAAAGAAUGGUGAAAUAGCUGCCCUUUGUCACAUACUUUCCAAGUUCUCCCUCACUCCAAGACAAGUAGCAGUGAACCUUGCUCUUAAGUAUCCUUACUUGAAGAAAAUAUUAUCCAGGUCUGAAAGCACAAUUUCUGCUGAUGUGACAAUGUAUGAUUUGUUGAAUGAUAACAUUCCUUACGACUUGAGUAGGCUCUUCACUUGGCAGCCAGAAAACAGACAUGGCUAUGAUUCAGCAGCUGCAAUGCCAACAUUUUCUGACAAAGAAUUGAUGAAGAACUAUGGUUUUCUACAUUCCCUUGACUUCAUGUAUUACCUGCGUGAUGCAAGACCCAGCUAUGCUUGUGCUGCUUUGAUUACUAGCUUGGGAAUCAAUGAUAAGAAGAUGGAUGAAAUAAAGGGUAAAGUGUAUGGCUUAGCAUUAAGUUGCUGGCCUGAUCAUGGUGUGUGUGCUGCCUGUGUAGCUCUUCUUUAUAUGAGUAAUCUAGAUGCUGAACCUCUGAGAGUUGUUUUAUCUUCUGCAUUUCUGGUAUUACAAACCAGAAAUGAAAGGUGGGCAAAGAUGAAACUGGACAAACGUCAAGCACAGGAACAUCUUGCUAUUGCAGAAAUAAGAGAUGUUUUGGAACAACUGUGCAAUAGAGAAACUAGAAGUAGUGCAGCUGCAGUUCUCUUAGGAAUGUUGGAAAAUGGUAUUAUUUCAUCUGCAAAUGUUAAAGCACGUGCUUUACUCAAGAAUAAGAUUGAUACCACACAGGAAACAAGUGACUCUACUGAUUCAGAAAUAUUCCAUUCACAAGUGAUGUCACAGGAUCAUGCUCUUUUGUAUAUUGAAGGAAUGAGACUUUGUGUUGAAUUGUCAAAAAUAUAUGAACUCCCUUGGCCAGUCAAGUUACUUCAUAAUUUAGCUGAAUGUAAUCAGUGGUUCAUAUUCAUUAUUUUAGCUCAGGUCUUCAAGUGCCCCAGGGUACAAUCCUUAAAGAGUGCAGAGUCAUUUCAAAGUAUGGCAUUAAAAGAGCACAUGACAUUUGCACUUUCACAUAUCCAUUACUACCGAGAUGGAGUUUUGCAACAGCAAGGUACAAGAACUCCUAAUCGUGAUUUGAGGUCUUCCCUUUAUUCUAGAAUUGGUAUACAGGGCAGAGUAGAUUCAGCAUCACCUCCCCAUAGUAGUGGGGAUGAAAAGCAAAAAAGCAGCAGUAGUCCAAGCGAAUAUGAUUUUUCCACUAUUGAUGAUGCUUUGUCCAUUACUACCACUGAAACUUGCUUUGAUGUAGGGCUUGAUGCCUGGCUGUCAUGUGGACUCUCAGACUUUUAUUCAAUUCUGUUAGCAUGCCAUCAGAAAGAAUGUCCUGAAGUAGAGCUGGCUACAGCUGCGGUUGCAUUGGAGGCUCCUGUGUUAUCAGUUUUGGCUGCAUGUUAUAACAAAGAACAAUCAGUGACUCAUUUUGCAGUAUGGCUUUAUACUCAGUUGAGACAAAAAAGUAAAAAGCUGUUACAUCCUGUCUUGAUUAGGAGUGAAAAUCAUCAAUUUUUAGUCAGUGACAGUACAAAAGUGAAUAGAGCUGUCAAGAGAAGUGAAUGUUGCCGUGCUUGUGACAUGUAUGUGUUGCAGUCUGGGUUGAAUGAAGUUAAGUAUUUCCUUCUCAGGCACAUUUCUGAAGGUUCUAUUGAUGUUCCCAUUGAAGGACUAAGAAUAUUUUUUCCAAAAUCACCACUGCUUCCAUUACUAGAAGCUUUGCAUGAAGUAAAUACAAAAUGCAGACAAGAGUCUAUUACAGAGCAACUCACCCUUUGUGCAAUGACUAUGGCAGAAGUAUCUCAAGAGAAAUCAGAUCCAUUUAGUAAGAACAGAGACUGGUUUGCUCUUUUUGUAGUUGAAGUCAUUGGGAGUGCACUGGAUGACUAUAUUACAAAUAGCCAUUUACAGUUUCAUUUGUUGUGUGUGCUCAAAGCUGUAAGUCAGCAGCAGCCAUUCUGCCAUUGUGGUAUAAAUUGGAAUUUGACAAGUGACUUAUGCGAAGCAUUUGGUGCUGUUAGGUUUAAAGUUAGGUUUAAAGAUUUAUUCAGUAGUUUUGAAGGAGGAGAUAUAAGAUCCUUUGCAGAAAAGAUGGUUUCAUCCCUCACCUGUAGAAAGUAUUUUACUGAAGCCUUGAAAGUAUCUCAGCUUGUUAAUCUUCCUGUUUAUGAGAUAUUGUGUGCUCAGAUUCAGGCUGAUUUUGAAAAAGAUCAUAAAACCAUUCUUGAGAAUAUGUCAGCUUUUGAAGAAUUUUUAAGGAGAAGUCAUCUUCGACUUUGCCAGGAAGAAGUUCCUUCUAGGUAUUCUGUGUCUUGCUUUAUGUGUUUAAGUAAGGAUCUGGAAAGAUAUGACUUUAAAUACCUUUGUCUUCAGUAUGCUGUGAUGUGGAUGUACCAAACACAACACAGUUCUUCCUCCUCAGCUGAGACAACUCCUGUGCAGCAUGUGUCAAAAUUUCUUGGAGCCUGUGGAGAUGAUUCCAGAGAUUUGGAGUCUGAGAUGUGGCUUACAUAUAUCAAAGCUUUACCUGGAUGCCCAGAACUUCCUGUCAGUCCUUUGAAACAUCUUGGGCAUUGGCCAUGGGAGAGCCAGGAUGGGAGGAGUCCUCUUAACAGAAGUAUCAUAUUAAAGGCAGCAGGAAUGAAAGACACAUCUGUUACUAGAGGCAUUUCUGAAGAAACUGAAAGUAACCUAGACUGCAUAUACCAUCAGUCUCCAAUUAGCAGUGACAGCGAAGUUGUUUUUAUGAGCAGUGAUGGUUCACACUUAUCUUCCCUUAGAAAACUGGAUAUAAAUAUUAACAAGGAGAAGCUAGCAUUGUUGAAAGAAAGUAUGCUGCAAGAUGAAACCUGUAUUAAGUCUGUGGACAUGGUGGUUGGCUUGUGUCUUGAUAGAGGUAUGAUCAUCACUGCAUGUAGAAUACUAAAAUUCUUCAACAGAACCUGCAAGGACGUUGAUACAGUUUUGCAGAUACUUGCUUUAGCAGAUGGCAGUGAAAAUGAUAAACCUGAUGAUGAGAGUACAUGUAGUGCAGAGUCAUUCAAAACUUCAUCUCAGACUGCUGCCAGAAAGAAACGUACUAGAAAUCGGAACAUCAGUUUUGGCAGCAGUCUGAGUGUACUAUCUCUAGAUCCAGAUGAUGACCUUGGAGUGAAAACUCCAACAUUGAUAAGAAAAUCUGUUGGUCUAAGAAAUGGGAGGAAGACAGCUGAGCGAAUUAUUCUUUUGUACAGAGUUGCAGCAUCACUAGAUUUGUCAUAUAAUUAUGUCAUCCAUCAUCCUACUCCAAUCACUCUGUUGUCUCUUGUACUUCGUUUGAAAGGAGGAGGAACCAUACAACUUGCCAGAGACUUUAUUAAUGCUUUACCUAUACCCCAGAGUGCUAUUGUAAACUUUUUGUGUGAAGAAGCUGUGGCCACUAUAACAGCAGGACCUGGUGCUCCUGGGAUUUUGCAAGCUGACAGACUGUUACCUUGGGAUGAAUUAGAGAAACAAUGGCGUGAUCUUAUCACUCUCUGUGAGGACCCGUCAUCUUUAGGCAAUCAACUACUUGAUGUUGGACAGCGCUUAGGGUCCUCAUACCCAGAUCAGCUGGCAAAAGUCCACAGCAUGAGUGUUGAGUUAGUGAUACGUGCACAUGAUUGCUUUACUGCUGCUUCCAACAUGGAGGGUAUUAGUACUGUUCUUCGAACAUCAUUUUACCUUACCACAUCACUUCUGCAACAUUUUCAGUAUUCUCUUAUGGUUCGUUUACUAACUGGCGUUGGGAGGUAUGGUGAAAUGUCAUACAUCAUUGAUGCUCUUAGAGAACAUGAUCAAUUUGAGCCUCUACUUGGACCGGGUUCCGAGUCCAAAGAGUAUAGUAGAGGACUGGAUAGAGCUUUAGUACAUUACCUUCGUUCCAAAUAUCCAAAUGAUAAAGAUACUCUGAUACUUGUAGCUCUCCACUUUCUAUUGUAUUCUGAGGUUGCAGGAAUGUGGGCAGCUGAUGCUGAAAAAUUAGUAGAUCAGGUUUUAGAAGCUACAGUUGACCUUGGAGUAUCAUGUAAUAGUAUAGUGACAAGUCCUUCAAGUAAGAGCCAACAGAAGGAAGCACCCUUUAGGGGUACGUCUAAAAAGCAGACAGCAAAUAAAGGAAAUGACUGUCAAUCAUCCUCAGUUGCUGAUGAUAAUCCACCUGUAUAUUUACAUAAUGCUGAUAACAAACUUCUCACCCAAGCCAUGCAUAGCUAUGCACAUGCUGCACAGUAUUAUAUGCAGGACCAGCAGAUCACAGCAGCAGUUAAUUGCAGUCGUUCAGCUGAGUUGGUGGCUUUACAAAUAGCUCAUGUUCAAAGCAGCAUGAAUGAUACAGCAUUAAGGUUGUUGAAGCUACCUUCUUCAGGUGUCAGAAUAGUAACUACAAAACAUUUAAAUGUAUAUGAGGCUAUACUAGUUGGGCGAGCUUAUGACACAAAUGUUGAUUGGAGCACAGCAUUGUAUCACCAGUUUGUUGUUGAUGGAAAUGAACAGUAUUUAGCUGAAUAUUUAGAAAAUUUUUCGUUAACAGCUGAAGUUUUGUUGGAUGUUGUGAAGAAGCUUGAACAUGGAGGGGUGACCAGAGUUCGUCAAGAACGUAUUGCAAAACUACUAGCUUAUAUUGAGGAAGCUGAUGUAGUAUAUCGUGUUGCUAGUCAGCUUGGCCUCAAGAAUAAUAUAGAAGCUUGUUUAUCAUCAUCCUCUGCACCAUACCUCAAGGAUACAGUUUUUAAAAAAGGGUUAACAUUUUCUAGCUAAAGAAGAAAUGACUUCUGUUGCCAGGGUUAACAUUUUCCGCGAGUCUGAUUAGUUGUCGACUCCACAGCUGUGAUAAAUACUCAGGUAGCAUUAUAUUAAAUAUAUACAGUAAAUGUGGAAUGAUAUUGUUUGGAUGUUUUUAUAAAAGGUUUAAAAAGCUCUUUUCCUAGCAUUUUUAACUUGUCUGAUGGUUUUGUGUGUAUAACGUGGAACUCAAUUCUGGUCUCACAUUUGAUAGUUUCUUCUAGCCCAGGUCUGACCAAGAUUAGUGCUUAGCAACCCCCAUAGUCAGUAAACAUGAUACAUAUCGACUUUCAAUCCCCAAUUUGUAGCAGUUUGAAGGUUAUCAGCAAGUUCAAAGGGUGAUUAUCAUUUAUAUACUGUGAUAAAUAUUUUUAUUUGAUGCUUAGUAUUCAUGAUGCACAUACUUUGGCUUUAACAAUAUAACAUGCAAUAGUAUUUAUCAUUAAAGUUAAGUUUAGACAUUCAAAUAGUAAUUGAUGUAAUUUAUAAUAAAAAAUAAAUUGUAUAAACAUUUUCUUAUAUUAAAUAUAUAUAACCUCCAUUA